AUGGACAGCUCGUACGAGGACUCGGAUGUGGAGCUCGAUGGCAAUUUUGCCUCGGCCUCAGCUUCGGCUGGAACGGGUCCAGCAUCUGAUCCUUCCACCAUUCCACUCUCUGCUCGCUUCUUGCCCGUUAAUGCCGGUACGAAGCAAGAGAAAUCAGCUGCAGCCAGCGUGCCAGCGUCGGUGCAGGGCGCUGUGGGCACCUUCCACGAGCCCCUCGUGUCGCUCUCUUUCGAGGGCGACCUCGAAGAAGACGAAGAAGACGAAGAGAGCACCGUAGAGGUCAUUAAAGAAGAGGAAGAAGAAGACGACGAUGACGAUGACGAUGACGGUGACGAUGAAGAUGUGCAGCUCGACAACACCCCCGCCGAGGCGGCCGCAGAGCGUCGGCCGCAGCACCGCCCGCCCCCGAGCGUCGCCCGUCCCCCUCUCAACACCACGUGGGCUUGUAAGGAGUGCACGUUCGCUGACAACGCCAGUGACUCGGACCAGUGCGAGAUGUGCGACAGCAGCCGAGCAGCAAAGCAGCCACAGCACGUGACAGCGGCGAAUAAAAAAGAGUCAAUGAAGCAAGCGACCAAACCGAGCACUCCUGCGACCAAGGAAACAUACAAGAAGCCCGACCCGAGGCCGCCCCGAAAGGUCGAGGCCAAACCCAGCGUUGUCGAGAGCCAGGACGAAGUGGACGACGAUGAGGAGGACCAAGAGGAAGAGGGAGAGGAAGAGGAAGACGCGAACAGCAAGGUGGAGAAGGAGGAAUCGGAAGACGAGGAAGAAGACGAGCUCUCCCUCGACUCUGACAAAGAGUUCGAUAUGCCCGCCUUCAGUGCGGUUCUGCUGCCGGACUCGCAGUCGAUGAUGCUGACGGCGUCGACUCUGGCGGCCACGGCCCCGGGCGCCACCCAACGCACGCAGAGCCUGGCCGUACUGGACCCUCACAAUAACGGCAAGCCUACAGUCCCGGCGCCGCACGGGCCUGCACAGGCCGACGAGGAGUCGAUCGUCAGCAGCGACGAGGAGGAAGCCGACUGGCCGCCGGUCAAGGGCGCCGUACAGACAAAGCGGUCCGACAUCGCCAAGAAGGUGACAACGGACAAGAAGGAGAAGAAGGAGGAGGAGGAGGAAGAAGAAGAAGUGAAGGAAGUGGUCGAGGUGGCGGCCAAGGUGACACCGGCAAGCGUCGGUACUCCGCGGCUUGCGAAACGAAAGGACAAGGGCAAGGAGAAGGUGGACGUCACCAUCAACGACAAGGAGAAGAAGGAGAAGGAGAAGAAGGUAGAGGUGAAGGUGGUGGGGUCGUCGUACGACCUGAGCUUCCCGCACUGGGACGACGAGGAGGAGCGGAUGCGCGACCGUGACCAGAUCAAGGCCAGCAGCAGCGGCAGCGUCAACAAGAAGUCGCAAUCAUCAACGCCGGCCGCCAAGGCCUCCCGCGCGGAGAACGACUUCAUGAGCUACGCGCGCAAUCGGAAGAAGUCGCUCACUUCGCCGCCCUCGACGCCGACCAGGUCGCCAUCACCCCCGGCAUCGUCGUCAUCAUCGUCAGUCAACAGCAAGAAAAAGAACGAAAAGAUAGCGAAGAAGACGAAGAGCGAAGACGAUGAUGAUGAAGAAGACGACAAGAAGGCCAGGGCAACGUUGGCGAAGACGAAGGCGAAGGAGAAAGAAGCGAAGGAGAAGGAGAAGGAGAAGGAGAAGAGGUGGAUCUCGACCACGGACAAGGAGAGCCGGAAGGCCACGCCUGCCCGACGGACGGCCCAGCGGAAGAAUCGCAUGAUCCAGUCCUCGUCCGAAGACGACGAAGACGAAGGCGGGAAAGAGAAGGAAAGAAAGAAGAAAGCGGCGGCGGCAAAGAAGAAAAAGAACGAAGGCGAAAAGAAGAGCAAGGCCUCUACGCGGAUGGCCAAAAAGUCUCCUUCGGGUCGGCGCAGUCCCCGGGGCGACGAGUGGAAGGAGGACUCGGACGAGGCCGAGGCCGACAAUCACGACCACGACAACGGAGAUGAUGAAGACGACGAUGACGUGGAGGAAGAGGAGCGAGUCGUGAAGCCUCGCACAACAUCGAGCAAGGCCAAAGCUUCGAAGGGCAAGGAGCCAGCCGACGACAAGGGCGAGAAGACCACCCGGAAGGCCAAACGAAAGUCGAUGGAGGUGCCGGAUGAAGAUGCGGAAGCGCCGCAGUUCACCUGGCGCAAGAUCGAGAAGAAGAUGCUCGCCGAGGCCACUAAGCCCAAGAACGCCGACCAGCUGUUCCGAGGCCUCCAGUUCAUCGUCACCGGCCUGUCCGGCGAGGACGACAAAGAAAACGACGACCGGUCGGCCGAACGCAUCAACCGAUUGAUCGGGGAAGAGGGCGGCAAGCUGCUGGGCAACUUUGCCAACGCCUCCCUGGCGUCCCAGUGUAAGAAGCGGAGCGGCUACCCGGGCCUCCCCUCCACCAUCCUCCUCUCCGCCAAGCCCCGCACGACCCUCAAGUAUCUGCUGUCGGUGGCGGCGGGACUGCCGACGGUCCACUACAAUUGGCUCAUCCACUGUUGCCAGCAGCGGUGCCUCCUGCCCCACUCCCUCUACCUCCUGCCCGCCGGCUACUCCGUCGAGAAGGGCUCCGACGUCUUCAUUAAGAAGCCGCGCGGUGACAUCUUCGAGGGCACGCGAGUCGAGGUCGUUGGCACGCCCGAAUUCAAGAACUUGUGGAAGCUCGUGCUGAAGGAGGGCGGGGCGAAGGUGGUCGAACGACUGUUUACGCCCCAGGAGGAUCGCGUCGAGUGUAUCGUGAGCCCGCCCGACCCGGAUGACUACCUCAAGGUCAAGUUCAAGAAGCUGCGGGUGCCGGUGGUGGGCAAGCAGUGGAUCAUCCAAUCCCUUCUCAGCCAGAAGAUGGCUGAUGUUGACGAUGCGCUGUACAACUUCAAGAACUGUUGA